AUGACUCCUAUUGAAAUAGAAAAUAUUAUCAAGUGUUAUUAAUAUGGAAGAAACUUAUUGCCUUUUGAUAGUUUAAGGGAAAAAAGAAUGAAGUAUUAAUGUAGUAGAUCAUUACAAUUAUUUUAUUUUAUAAAUAAAUCUUAAAUAUCUGGACAUUACUUAGAUAGUAGUUUAAUAAUAAAGAAUUAUUUUAGUACAUUUAUUAAUUGUUUUAAUAUUAAAAUUAAACAAAAGUAUAAACCUUUAUUGUAGCAAUUGAUUGUGAAAAGUCUAGGAAAUCAUUAACUGCUUUUAUACCAAAUGAUAUUGAAAGAUUUAAUUAGAAAGAAAACUUAUCCUAAAUUAGUUAUUUAGAGUCUAUUCAAAAUAAAUCAAUAGAAAUAGAAUAAUUAUUAAAAAUGA